UGGGAAUGAAGAAGGACCGUGGGUGCAAUUCCCGGGCAGAUCAUGCUUCCCUGGGCGCCCUCUCCUCCGGAAUUCAUCUCUCGUAAUUUUCUUUUUUUUUGCCUGUCCCUUCCAUACAAACUUGUCCAUGACAUUGCGGUACCUUGAAUUGCGGUGAAUGCAGAGCACUGGCUAUCCAUCCGCCCCCGGCUGACCGAGCUUGAGAUGGAUGUGCCGGACCAUGGGCCUCUGAUUGUCGCGGUUACAUGGGCGCUUACGGCCUUGAGCGGCGGUUUCUUGGGCUUACGGAUUUAUGCGAAGUUGUCCCGCAAGCAAGGUCUAUGGUGGGAUGACCAUAUUCUGCUCUCUGCGUGGGUUCUGCUUUUGGCAGAGGCCGCCGUCACGCAGGCGGGCCAGAUACUAGGCUUUGGCAAACGCAUUCAAGACAUUCCUAGUGAAAACAUUGGCACCAUUGGUCUUGGAGCCGCCGUCUUGGCCACUGUCUCGAGUGUGACGGUAACGCUGUCCAAACUCUCUUUUGGGGCUACUCUACUGCGCAUCACUUCGGGCUACAUACGCUGGAUCGUAUGGUUCUGCAUUGGCAGUCUUCUCGUCAUCACUAUACCGUGUGCCAUCAGCCCGUGGAUACAAUGCCCAACGCUGGCUACAUCGUGGAACGUGGAUCCCAACGCAUGUUGGGAUUCUGAUUCGGCAUUCCAGUUUGGCGUCUUCAACUCGGCGUGGAGCGCGGCGACUGACUUUGCACUUGCGCUGCUGCCGUGGCCCUUGAUCUGGCGCAUUCAACUCAAGUUUCGCGAGAAGAUUGGCGUGAGCAUUGCCAUGAGCAUGGGCAUGCUUGCGGGCAUCUGCGCCAUUAUACGAGGAGUGUACCAGGUGCAACUCCAAGACAAGGAUUUCUCCUACAACGGUGUCGAUCUGGUCAUCUGGACGUCGGUGGAGACGGCCACGGCCAUCAUCGGCGGCUGUAUCCCCGUGCUGCGUGUCUUCUUCAAGGAAACCAUUUCUUCGCACUCGCGCUCGACGCCCAGGGCGGCCGCCAAUCCAAGCGUGCCGCUAUCGCGAUUGCACCGGAGCCAGCACUCGACCAUUACGACGGUGCAGGCGGGCACAAAGGGCGAUGAGGCGGGCUGGACCGCGUUCCAGAGAGACGGCGAUACGUCGAGCCAGAAGGCGUUUUUGGACGACGACGAGGAAAUGGGGCGUGUCGGGACGGCCAUGUCGGGCGAUAUUGGAAUUAUGCAGACGAACACGGUGACGGUGACUGUUGAAAACGAUACUCGGUCGACGUACAAAGCGAGGUCUUUUAUAGGCAGCGGUAAAUAAACCUUCUUUUUCUUUUGCUUACACAUUGUAGUGGUUUC